AUUCCAGUUGUGUAAGAUUAACGUCCUUUUUACUUUGUUUCCUGACCUCCCCUGCCCAUUUCUGAGCCAUAAAAUAACCUGGCAUCCAGACCCUGAACAAGAUGAUUAUUUCAAGACAUUAGUCUGCCAUUUUCUCAGUCAGUCAGCUUUCCAAAUAAAGUCGUAUUCCUUGUCUCGACACCUUGUGUCUCAGAUUCAUUCACCUGUCCUGCACCUAUCAAAUCAGCUUGAACUAGGCAACAGUGGGAUGUCUGCUUUACAGAAGUUAACCAACAUGACUCAGGCAGAUAUUAAUAAAUGAUAUUCCUUAAAAGCCAUCUGAGUUGGCUUCCACUUUGGGAGCAUCCUAUACAGGCCAAUGCAUGUCAUAAUUGCUCAAAUGGAGCUCGGAAAGGAAGGAAUAGUUCAUUUGCUGGGAUAAUUUAGAAUAGAUUUCAGCAGACAUUUUUGGGGAUGGGGAUUUUUCCCUGGUGUCUCAAAUGGUGAAGAAUCCACCUGUAAUGCUGGAGACCUGGGUUUGGUCCCUGGGUCAGGAAGAUCCCCUGGAAAAGAGAAUGGCUACCCACUCCAGUGUUCUUGCCUGGAGAAUCCCACGGACAGAGGAACCUGGUGGGCUACAGUCCAUGGGGUCACAGAGAGUCAGACACGACUGAGCGACUAACACUACUGGGUAUGGAGGACUUUUCAGCUGCCAGACAAUCUGGCCAAAACCCUUCAAAGCCACUUCCUAGUGUGAUGGCAUUCUCCUCCUUAAGCUCCCACUGGGAAGGCAGGCCUGCCCUGCCCACGUGGUGAGGAACUAGGCUGGUAUGGAAAUGCCACCACAGAGCUCAAUCCCGGGCUGUCAGUCUGCACUUUCUGUGUGAUCCUGCGCGCCCAUCCAGUUGGGCAGGCACACACCCAGUUGAGCUCGGCGCUAAUAGGGGAAUGCUGUCCUUGCUCCUCUGCGUCGUGUCCAUUGCUCUUCCGCGCUUUAUCAGAGCAGAUACUUGCGAGGACUUGACUCUGCAAGAGAUGGCAUCAGUAGACCAGCCUACAGCUUUUAAUUGCAUCUACUCUCUGCGAACAUCAGGGAAAGUAGAUGCAACGUGGUAUAAAUAUCCUAGCAAAAUCCCAAUAUCCAAAAACACACAGUCUAGAAUUCACCAGGACCAAAAUUGGAUUUUGUUUCUCCCCGUGAAAGGAGAGGACUCUGGGAUCUACCAAUGUCAUACAAAUGGUACGGACAUCUGUCCCAGAAUGCAAGUCAACCUCACUGUGUUUGAACAAUAUUGGUGUGGUGCUUCCGGAAACAGUCAACUGAACGUGUCUUAUGAAUACAAGCAGAUCCUGCAGGUUGGAAGAGAUGACAUCCUUAUAUGUCACCUCAACUUCCCGAACAAUUUUUAUUUAGAUUCAGUAAAGUGGUAUAAGGACUGUAUAGAGAUAGAAGGAGAACGGUUUAUUUCUCGGGGAAAAAAGCUUUUAGUGAAGAAUGUCUCGGUGGAGGACAGAGGGAACUAUGAAUGUGAAGCCAGCCUCACACACGCGAAUAAACAGUACACUGUUUUCAAUAGCAUCUCUGUGACUGUCACAGAAAAAGUAGGGAAUGGAGGAAGAAUCCCUAAGAUCAUUUAUCCAAAAAACAAUUCAAUUGAAGUAAAACUUGGCUCCACGCUCAUCGUCAACUGCAACAUAACAGACUCGUGGGACAACACAAACCCACGCUGCUGGAGGGUCAACAACACCCUGGUGGACGACUACUAUGGGGAAUCCAAGCGCAUUCAGGAAGGGAUUGAAAACUACACUAUUUUUCCAGAACAUAUUUUUUACACAGUGAACAUAACCUUCUUAGAAGUGAAAAUGGAAGAUUAUGGUCACCCUUUCAUGUGUCAUGCUGGAGUGUCUGCUGCUUACUUUAUACUAACGCUCCCAGUUCCAGAUUUUCGAGCUUACUUGAUAGGAGGGCUUCUCAUCUUGACUGGUGCAGUGGUGUCUGCCAUGUGUAUCUACAACAUUUUUAAGAUCGACAUUGUACUUUGGUAUCGAAGUUCCUUCCAUUCUGCAGGGCCCAUAGAAGAUGGGAAGCUGUACGAUGCUUAUGUUUUAUAUCCCAAGCCUCAGAGAGAAAGCCAGAGUCAUGAUGUGGACACGCUGGUGUUGAAAAUUCUUCCGGAGGUGCUGGAGAGGCAGUGUGGAUACAAGUUAUUCAUAUUUGGCAGGGAUGAGUUUCCUGGACAAGCUGUGGUCAAUGUCAUCGAUGAAAAUAUUAGGCUGUGCAGAAGAUUGAUCAUCAUUAUCGAUCCCGACGAGCUGAGCUUUGACCUAUUAAAGAACCUGCCAGAAGAACAAAUUGCGGUCUACAGUGCCCUCAUCCAGGACGGGAUAAAGGUCAUCCUGAUUGAACUGGGGAAGGUCAAGGACUACACGGCCUUGCCGGAGUCUAUUCAGUAUAUCAAACAGAAGCACGGGGCCAUCCAGUGGAGUGGAGACUUCACAGAACAGUCCCAGUGCGCGAAGACUGAGUUCUGGAAAAAAGUGAGAUAUCGCAUGCCUCCCAAGAGGUGGCCACCUUCUCCUCCUGUGCAGCUGCUGAAGCACACGCCCUUUGACCUCACGGCCAGCAAGUGGGAGACCUGUGCGGGGUUCAUCUCCCCUGAUGGAAAGAAUAUCAUCCCAAGGGUUGUGCACAGUUAGACAAGGAAGCCUUGCAUCUGGGCUGUUUGCUUGAAGCUUACUGUUUCUUGUUGUGUCCUAUGGAAAGACCUGGGUUUAUCUGCUGCCUUUGCUCAGAGCUACUUCUUUAGGGGAAGAAGCACCUCUUGAGAAGCCCUCAUUAACUGACUGGCUCUGAACAUUCAUGAAGACUUGUGCACAUGGAGGAUUAGCCUUUGAGCCCCUGGGCGGGAGCCUUGGAGGGUUUGAGUCAUGGUUCAGCUGUCAGGAGGUCUGGCAGGUGGUGUGACCCCCAUGGGGCUGGAGACAGGAGCCUGGGUGGUCAGAUCCAUGGGGGGAACCUGUGGGCUUGGGGAGGGCUGGCAGAGGGCAUACCUGACCAGCCUGCCAGGGCCCUGUCUUCAGCCCCUCUCACUCCUCUCGUGCAAAUAAACACUUGUGACACUGAAGUCUGGGCACCUUGACACUGGAAGCAACUUGGAAGUCACCUAGACCUGUUGGGACCAACUCUGGUUGCCCAUGAAUCCCCCCUGCUGGUGGGAUUCCUGCUUUGCUUGUCCAACCAAAACAAGUCAUAAGGCCCUUAUUUUUCCAGCUGGCCUCUGGCAGCCAGAAUUCUGAGCCACCCGUGGUAGUCACCAUACUAAGAUGAUGGAGUUCUAUUCUGAGCAGACAAAGUCAUCCAGCCAGCAUGCCUUCUUCACAGGUCAGUUCAUGAUUGAACAACUCAGAAGGAUCGUCGACAUUAAAAUUGACUAUAAAGUCUUAUCAGUACUUUCAAACCCUGACAUGGAGGAGCUCAGAUACAGUCCAGCUCUUAUACUGUGGUUGACAACAGCAGCCUGCAAAGGUGGCUGCUGUGCUCGGAGAGUUCCUGUCCCCUAAAGUCAUAUAUUUGAAUGCUAACACCUGAACUGCAGUGUUGGAGAAGACUCUUGAGAGUCCCUUGGACUGCAAGGAGAUCAAACCAGUCAAUCCUAAAGGAAACCAACCCUGAAUAUUUAUUGGAAGGACUGAUGCUGAAGCUGAA